AUGGUUCAUCCAAAAACAUUACAUGAGGUUAACACUACUCGUAGCCAUGCAGUAGCUGCCAUGAUGCAUACUAAAUCCUUAAAUCCGUACCUUCUUGAAUGUCUUUCUGAAGAAGAUUCUCUUUCUCUAUUUGUGAAAUAUGCGUUUGAAGAUGGAGUGGAGAAAAACCAUCCAGAACUACUGGAGAUUGGGAAAGAAGUCGUAGAAAAAUGUGGACGGUUACCGUUGACACUGAAAACGGUGGGGAGUUUGUUGUUCUCGAAGGUUGUUAAGAAAGAUUGGGAGUCUAUAAGAGACAAUGAGAUUUGGAAUUUAGAACAAAAUGAAAAAGAUUUGGUAAGUGAUCUUGCAGUGUAUAUUGGGAAAGGUGAAUUUGAAAGAGUAGAUCGCCGCAAUCCAAAAAUAUCGGAGAACGCCCAACAUUUAGUAUUUGAGGAAAAUAACUUUUAUGGUGAAGAUCUUGUCCCCACUGGUGUCAGAUCUGUUGUUUUUCGUAACGGAGGGAACGAUAUAGAUUUCUUGAAUACGAGAGUCUGCCUCAGUACUUUAAUCCUUAGUGGAUGCACAAAUCUGCGGAAGUUACCCAAAGGAAUGAAAAAUCUUGUUAGCCUUCGUCAAUUGGCUAUAACCACCGCACAAGCUGAUUUUCCAAAAGAAUUGAUUGCAAAUUUGACUUCUUUAGAAAAUUUAUCUUUUACUGAAUGUGAUAAUUUGGAGUCAUUGUUCGAAGGAGUACAACUUUCAACUGUCAAAAGUUUGAUUUUGUCUGAGUGUGGAAGUCUAAAGUCGGUGUCGCUCCAUGCCUUCAGAAAUUUAGAGUUUUUAAUGAUCGCCGAUUGCAUCAAGUUGGAAUUGUCAAUGAACCUUAGCUGCCAAAUCCCCGAUUCAAAGUUAAAGUAUCUUUUUCUUGAUGACUUGCCACAACUAGUUAAAUUGCCUCAGUCGUUUCAAGGAUCUGCAAACACUUUACAACACUUAUCAAUUUCAGAUUGCGUCAAUCUUGAUGAACUUCCUGAGUGGCUACCAACUCUAAUUUGUCUCAAAGUACUUGACAUUGACAGUUGUCCUAAGCUACUGUCACUCCCUAAUAUUCAUCACCUCACAAAUCUUGAAAAUUUAGAAAUCGUUGAUUGUCCUGAGUUAUGCAGAAGAUUCAAGCCAGAAGUUGGACAAGAUUGGCACAAGAUAUCACAUAUCAAAAUAGUUCACAUUGAGGAUUCAGAUACCGAAGAAGAAUUAUCCGAAUGA